UUCUCUUGCUGAGGAAAAGCAGAGCUUGCCAUCUUUAAUAAUAACAAUAAUAAUUAAAAGGGGGGGAAGCCACAAACCCUCCCUGUAUUUUCUGAAGUCCGUGACAAAGCGAGAUUUGUGAGGAGGCUGCUGCUGCUCCUGGCAAACAAUGGUGCUGCUUUCCCAGAGCUGCGAGGGAGACUGAGGGUCAAGUCCCUUUAAAAAAAAAAAAAAAAAGUGAAAUACAGUAUUGUGCAUCUUGAAAUCUGAAACCAAGAAACAGAAGUGCGAGGGAAACAAGGGGGAAAGUCUUGCAAUUCCUGUGGACAACUGUUGCGAGUGGAGUUUUAAGGAAUACAAUAUACAUCUCUGCCUUUUAAAGGUUAUUGAAUGGCUUUUGUGGAGAAACCUGGGAAAUAAAGGAGCCUCGGAAGAAGAGAUUUCUUUUUCUCCUCCUCUCUGGAUAUAAUGGCCAUUGCAAAGCAGAGCAUCUUGAGAUUUGGCUUCCAGUGUGCCUUCCUCGCAGUUUUUACCCUCACCUGUGAUGGCCAAGGUGGGAAGAGAGAGAACGGUGGCCCUGCCUGCUACGGGGGCUUUGAUUUGUAUUUCAUCCUGGACAAGUCAGGCAGUGUCCUGCACCACUGGAACGAGAUCUAUCACUUUGUGGAGCACCUGGCCCGCAAGUUCAUCAGCCCUCAGCUGAGGAUGUCCUUCAUUGUUUUUUCAACCAGAGGGACAAUUCUAAUGAGGUUAACAGAAGACAGGGAGCAGAUCCGCCAGGGCCUGGAGGAGCUGCAGAAGGUGCUGCCAGGAGGGGACACGUACAUGCACGAAGGAUUUGAGAGGGCAAGUGAACAGAUUUACUACCAGAUUUACUACGAGAAUGUUCACGGUUACAGAACUGCCAGUGUCAUCAUCGCAUUGACAGAUGGAGAGCUCCACGAGGAUCUAUUUUUCUACUCUGAGAGGGAGGCCAACCGCUCGCGGGACCUGGGGGCCACCGUGUACUGCGUGGGGGUGAAGGACUUCAACGAGACCCAGCUGGCCCGGAUUGCUGACAGCAGAGAUCAUGUCUUCCCUGUCAACGAUGGCUUUGAGGCCCUGCAGGGCAUCAUAGACUCCGUGAGUAUUUUCAGCAUUUUCACCCCACUCUUGGUGUCACCCUGAGGUUUGCUGUUCCUG